AUGUCGAGAUACAAACUUUAUUUUUUUAAUGGACGUGGUCGUGCUGAAGUCUCCCGUUUAAUAUUUGCUAUUGCUGGUCAAAAAUAUGAAGAUAUUCGUUAUGAAGGUUCUGAAUGGCCAUCAUAUAAAGCUGAAAUGCCUUUACGUCAAAUGCCUGUCCUAGAAUUUGAAGGCACAAAAUUACCACAAUCAUUAUCUAUCGCUCGAUUUCUUGCUAAACAAUUUAAUUUGGCUGGUAGAGAUAAUUUUGAACAAGCCAAAGUUGAUGCUGUUGCUGAUACAAUUAGUGAUUUGUUAGGAAAAUUUAUUCCACCUCGUUUCGAAAAAGAUAAAACAAAAAAGCAAGAACUUAUGAAAAAAUUCUUUGAUGAAAAAGUACCUAAACAUUUACAAAAUCUGGAUGUUUUAGGUAAAUUAUAUGGUAAUGAUGGUCCAUUCUUUGUUGAUAAUCAUUUAACAUGGGCAGAUUUGUUAUUCUAUGAUAUAUUAGAAACUCUUCUUGGAAUAGAUGAAAAUUGUUUAAAUAAUUAUCCAUGGUUAAAACAAAAUCGUGCAGAAGUUGAAAAACAACCAAGAAUUGCAGAAUAUCUCAAAAGUCGUCCGAAAACACCACAUUAA